AAUAUGCGCAUACGUAUAGUUGGGAGGAGAUGCCUCAUUUAGCGCAAAAAAGUCGUCAGAUUUUAGCCAGGUUUCGCUGAGACCGAUGACGUUAAGAUUGUUAUCUCUAAUGACCUCAUUAACUAAUAAGGUUUUGGGAGACAAUGAUUUUAUGUUUAAAAAAAAACGUAUAUUAUAGGUAGUGGGCUGUUUUAAGGAGUUUUUGAUCAAAUUAUCCGUAGUAACAAUAUGAAUAAUGUUGCGUUUAUUAUGCGUAGUGCACUUACAAUAAUUACGACCAUAUCUAGGAAUUGAUAUGACGGGAAUUUUCCGAUUGUUUGCUUGGUGCUUUGAUAAACUGAACGCAUCAUAAUUUGCCACCUCAGUAAAACGCAUGUCCAACUUUGAAACAGUCUUAGCAGAAAAAACUUGUUCUAACUUAACUGACUCCUUACCCAGACUAGUAGGCUCGUGUCUUCCAUUUAGAUCCGGCUUCAGGAUGGAGGGAAGCGGUGUUCUUUUGCUUUGUUGUUAGCCCCGCUUGGCAUCCGCGCUUCUACUUCCGAUCACACCGCUUGCGCCUGUUCCGUAGACGGCCUGCGCUGGUACUAUACUCCGCUGCUUCACAGGCCGCUAGAUGUAGCCGGCGAAGUAUUCCCAUGCUAGCUAGUAGGUCCAAUAAACACGCGUCUUUCAGUCCAAAACGGCCUGAUCUAUCCACAUCCAGAAUUGUCUGGCGGUCGUAAGUGAUCACGGAGUGUCCACGCUGUAAGCCAGCCAUGAAAUUUGUAUUUUUGCCAAAUGUUCCAUUUCUACCAAGAGCUUCUCCAUGCCGCAGCCCGUCCGGGUGCCGCCAUCUUGGAGAUUAAUGCAGUGGUUCCAAAGAAACUAUGUGCUUCCUUUUUAAAGGUCAAAGGCUUCGCUGGGGUCACAAGGGUGUUACAUGUCACCAAACCACUUCCGGUUCAGAUUACUGGACACUCAUUGAAGCACCCCUUUGUGGUUGAUAUGCACACACCUUGCCUGCUUGGUAAUGAUCUGCCCUACAAACUGCACCCUGACAUUUUAUAUCGUAAAGAAGGAACCUUCCUGGUGUUACCUGACGGAACUACCACCCAGCUGCGACACCACUAUAAAGGAUCCUCCAUGUUUGUGCUAAUGCCUCUACCUGAGGUAUCACAAAUGACACGCCUCCUCCCGGAAACAAGUGAAGGACAAGGACUGCUCCUAUUCUUUUAUCAGUGGAAGCCCUGGCUUACCGAACUGCGUCCGUAUGUACCACCACCUGACCCGCCACAUGUCACCUUGUAUUAUGAUCGCCAAUCUGAUGAAAGCUACCAAGAAGAUUUUGACACCGUAGCAGGAAAACAGUGGCCAUUGGCCUACUCUCACGUCUAUGCUGGAGCUCAGGGCGUGUCCGCUCAUGUAUGCUUCACUACUCAACAGAAGAAAUGGUAUAAAAUGGACGCUAAGGCAAUACCGCACUGUUCUCUUGCUCUCUGUCCCGCCUACCAAGCCAAGGACUUGGGUCCAAUGACAAAACAGGGGGUAUCUGCCACUGAUUGGGUGGACACCCAAAUACCACACUUACAACAUUCUGGCUCAGUUGAUAUGAUUUGUAUUUCCUGUUCUCAGACUGCUGACCAUGGGAUUCUACAACAUCUUCAGGUCGCUCGAGAGCAUAGGCGAGAACGAACAGACCAUCAUGCAGCUGCAGACAUGUUAACCGCACUUUCACUGACCCUCUGGUCUCAAGGUCUCAGAGAUGUUGGUUUUGCAGUCAAUGCGUCCCCAGUGUCUGUGAGAAUUGACACCAGUAGCGUGGUACACGUCAGACAAUACCAACAGAAGCAACAAGCCAUAGAUGGCAUUGCAGAUACCAUCUCAGGCCUUAUGCAAUCUGGAGUAUUGGAACCCUCCACCUCUGAAUGGAACACGCCUAUUUUGCCUGUUCCCAAACCUGGCACCUCCGUAUACUGCAUGGUACACGAUCUUAGGGCCAUUAAUGAAGUCACAGUGACCCCACCCAUCCCAGUUCCUAACCCCUACACGGCACUCACCUAUCUGACCACUGCGCACUGUUAUUUCACUGUCAUUGACCUAGCCAAUGCUUUCUUUUGCAUCCCUAUCGCUGAACGCAUCAAAUAUGUUUCUGCUUUCACCUUUCAAAGUCAAAAGCUGCAGUACUCCCGCCUCCCACAAGGUUGGAAACUGUCACCUGGCCUUUUCAACCAGCAAUUACGCGACGAUCUGGCCUCAGUGGAGCUUCAUCACGACACCUUUGUUGUCCAGUAUGUAGAUGACAUACUCAUCGCUGCUCCCUCUGAUACCUCAUGCCUGACAGCCACCCAAGCUGUUAUUCAGCGUCUGGCCUUAACAGGAUACAAGGUCUCCGAUUCGUGGGCAACAAUCCACCUCUCCAGGAACCCUUCCGCCCGUUGAGUGGGUUAAGGUAAAGGUCAUCAAGCGCAAGUGGACGGAGCCCAGGUGGACAGGGUCCCUUCAAGGUCAUGGAACGGACGUCCCGUGCCCUUCGACUGGCUGCUAAAAUGGACACCUGGUAUCACCUCUCCCUUUGCACUCCUGUUGAAGAACCUGACAGAUCUCCAGGAGAUGUCACUGGUGACAUCGCCACAUCACCUGCCCCUCUCAACCCCCUAGCAGCACCUUUUGAGCCAGAAGCAUCUGAAGAAGAACGGGAGCAGGCAGAAGAUUCACUUUUACACAGUGAAGGGGGUGAACAUCACCUGCCCCUCUCAACCCCCUAGCAGCACCUUUUGAGCCAGAAACAUCUGAAGAAGAAUGGGAGCAGGCAGAAGACUCACUUUUAGACAGUGAAGGGGGUGAUGUGCUGGUAACCUCUCCCCCCAGGUCAAAGAAGAGCGAGGCUUUAGUAAUUUACACACAUAGUCUCACAGCCCAGAAGAAGACGCCGAGAGAGAUCCUCCCCCAUUGAGCAGCCGUCUACCGUCAUUUAGAGCUACCAGACCUGCUCAACUGCUCUAUCAUAUAUCCAAAGCUAUCAUAUAUCCUUACUUGAGACCAACCUAUGUACUCGAUGUUAUACAACUUCUCUUACUUGUUUUUCAGCAUAACUAUUGGUGUCGCUACAAUAAAAGAAAAGUUUGAUGUUGA